CACCUCUGGAAAACCUCACUGGACCAAAUCCCAGCUCUGCUCUCUCUGCAGCUAUGGCUCCAAAGAGGUCAGCUUCGAUGCUGUUGGCUUCAAUGAUUCUUCUUCACUGGGCGACUUUCUCUGUGCGGUCAGAUCCUUCAACCUCAGCCAUUGGCAUACCUUAUGAGAGUAGAGAGAAAACAGAGAAGACCCUAAAUGUUGCAAAGGAGUCUCUGACUCUCUUCAAAGAUGUCAUGGGAAGUAUGGACUCCAAGAAGCUGUCAGAUGUAAUGAAAGGCAUCUCCAGCUUUGCUAGUUUCGCACCAGGAGUUGGAGCUGUGGUCUUCUCUGUCGUCAAUAUGGUCCUGGCCUUUAUCCCUCAGGAUGAUCCGGUGCUGAGUGAGGUAAAGAAAGGUUUUGUUGAGGUAAACCAGAAACUGGACUCUCUGUCCAUUAAGAUCUCCAACCUGGCAACAGAUGUAGAAUGGUUCAAUUACGCCAGCGUCUAUUCCAGAGACGAACUUACUAUCCUCAACACCUUUGAGAAGUUUGGUGAGUUUCUGCAUAGAACUGAAUCACAAAGUCCUGAAGAAACAUCUAAGAAAACUAAAAUUUUCACCAGCUACUAUGAAAGUUCAGGAGCUGAGUCCAGUGUGUCCAAUCUUUACCGCUACCUGACCGUGGACAGCACGUCUCUGAGCGAAAACCUCAACAGUCUGCUGAAGAAGAAGUUUAAAUGUGACGUUUAUAUGAUCAGCAGAUAUAACCUGUACUUGAGCAGCUUGUUUUGGAAAGGGAUGAUACUCAACCAGUUCUACUGGAAACUGACUGGUGUCAAAAGCAAAGCAGCUGAACCUGGGCAGAUGUUCAAGAAGGUCUCUGAAGCCCAGUUAUCAGCUGUGGAGUUCUGCCUCACCAACUAUAAGCAAUACUUAAAGAAAGAUGUGGUGGAGAUCACCAAAGAUCAAGGUUCUGACCAAAACGCCCUCGCUCUUCAGGUGAAAGAAGCUUUGGACAACAAGUACAGCUGGUACAACUGGGUGGUGGUGGUGUUUGACAAAAGUCAGAACAAAAAUAUCAUGCUUAAUGCUGAGUUUACCUUCAACAUUGGGAAUCUUGUAGUUGCUGUAGACUACACUGUAAAGGCAGACAUGACACAUGUUGAAGAGGUGAAGAAUACAGCCAGAGAGUGUUUAGAAAAUAUGAAGUGUGAACCUAAGACAAUUUCAAAAUUCUUUAUGACGGCACAGAGAUGCAGUCAUAAAUGGUUUCCAAAGGAUCAUGAUGAGGAAAUUACUAUUCCUCUGACAAAAUAUACCAAAGUUACACAAGUUGCCUAUGGAAACCAAUUUAUAGAGGUGCCAACACCUUUUCAUCGAGUGAAAUGUUCCUGGAGUGGCUAUGACAGUUGGAUUUCUGUUCAUUACUCCAGACUCUCACCUGUCUGUGUUACCAAUCAAUGUAAGAAUAAUGGGAUAUGCAAGAGGCUGCUACGGUCCAAUGAGUGGUUUUGCGAGUGUCCUGACAGUUACUAUGGAGACACAUGUGAAAAGCAAAUGAUCAUAACAGAGCCUGACCCCACACUGACACCAGUCCCAAACAGCCCUGUAGAGUCCAAACAGCAGGUCAUCAUUAUCCUCAGUGGUCCCUGCUUGGAGUUAAAGAGAAGCGGCGAACACCAGGGCUCAAAGGAUUGUAGAAAUCCAUGA